UUGACACUUGUGUAGUUGUCAUUGUCAAUGCUAUAUUUGUCAAAAUUAAAAAUUGGCGAUUUAAAAAAUUUAUGCAUUUAUUGCAUUUGACGGGCAACCAGCAGCUCGAACAAACAUGGGUCAAGAUGAAACGGCCAGCUGUACUGACCGCUGCAGAUCGACUCAGCAUGGGGACAUCAUCACAGCCGCAAUCUCUAGACGUAGCGUCUCCGAUAAUGACCUAUGUUCGUACCUCAGCUACAUUUGUACCUGUUGCGAAACUGUGAAAGACUCCGUGGGAAGAACUGCUCUCCAUGUCGCGGCUUCUUGUGGCCGAAUUGACCUAGUUCGCUGGCUAGUACAAAAUCGCCACUCCAACAUUAAUGCUAAGGACGACGAGUCAGGAUUUACAGCCUUACAUAGAAGCAUUUUUUAUGGGAAGAUUGACGUUGCUGUUGAACUUAUCAAAUUGGGGGCCAAUACUAGUUUGUUGGACGCUAAUAGCUUGACGAUGUUAGACCACGCUAUGAUGGAUGGUUUUGUACCAGAAUCUGCUAAUUCAGGGGAACUGUAUGUUUGGGGUUCGAACUGUAAUAAUUCUCUAGGACCACAACAAUCUCGUUCCACUCCAGAGCUGCUUGAUGUUUUCCAUAAAAAAUAUCCUGAAGAAUUGAUUUGCAAGGUUGGGGUAGAGAAGUUUCAUAGUUUAAUUGUUACUUCUGCUGGUAGAGUGUACAGUUGUGGGCAUGGGCAAGGGGGUAGAUUGGGUCUGGGCACCCAACAGACUGUCGUGAUACCUGAAAUGGUUCAUUUUCCUGAUACUAGUCAUGGGGAAUCUGUGAUGUGUAUUGAUGCUGCUAUUGCGAGGGACCACAGUAUAUUUUUGUGUUCUGAUGGCAAUCUAUAUUCGUGCGGAUUAAACACUCAUAGAGUACUAGGACUAAGCCCUCCUCCACAACAAGUACUAGUUCCUACUCAACUCAAGCAUUUAUCUGAAGAAGUAAAAUAUGUUUGUGCAAGUCCUUACCAUUCUGUAGCGUGGGGCCCUAAAUGUUUGUACACUUGGGGCUUAAACGCUGGUCAGAUAGGUCACAAAAUGCGAACCGAUGACAAAUACGUUACAACACCAAAGGCUGUGAGACUUCUCAACUUUUCUGAAACUGAAAUUGUAGCGUUAGAUUCGAGUGAUGGUGCUAUGUCUAUAUAUACAAAAAAGGGCGACAUCUAUGUGUUGCACGAGUACCAGUGCCGCAAAAUCGCAUCUAGACAAUUAAAUGUGAUACAAGUCAGUAUUUUUGGAGGCAAACUUAAUACUUCACUCAGUAAAGAAUUAUCAGCGGAACUCAACAGAGAGUUAAAAGUGGUAGCUCUCACAAACACGGGCAAUUUGCUUUUGUGGCAAGAAUCCGAUUCACAACUAUGCAGAUGCAUUUAUUCCUUAAACAGACCAGUCAUUGUUAACCAAGUCCGCAUCAACAAUAGCGGCUUGUUGUUUGUGACAAGAGACGGUGAAGCAUUCCAGGGUUUCAUUAAACCCCGAAAGAAGAAAACGGUCACAAAUAACAACGAAAAAAGUGCUUUUCACAAGUUUUUAGACCGUGAAGACUGCAUAUCUGUGAAACUGUCAAAGUUCCCUAGAAUACAUCGAGCUGUGAUGAUUACCAGUGACGCCAAAGGGCAUGAUUAUUGCGUCAUUCAAGUACCUCCAUACAAGAGAUUCGACGCUCCACAGAUCAUAGAGUCAGAAAUGAAGGAAAAUCUCACUAGACUGCUACAAGAAUGUCACGAGAAUGAUGAUCUUCAUGAUGUAGUGUUUCAAGUAGAUCAUCGUUACUUCCCAGCACAUCGCUACAUAAUGGCUUCCAAAAGUACCUACUUUGAGAAACUUUUGAUUGAUGGUGAUAGCUUGGUAGCACUUGAUGGGUACAACCCUAUUAUUUUUGAGCAAUUCCUUACCUAUGUGUAUAGUGGUGACUGUGAUUUAUUAAGAUGCGGUGAGUGCGAAGACAGAUUUAAAAAUUUAUGUGAGAAACAGAAAGAGAAUGAUGACAGUGAAGUAAACGUACAAGUGGAUGGUAAACUCUCCGCUUUUGAAGUUUAUAAUAGUAAUAAGUUGAAGAACCAAAAACAAGAAAGUAAGCCAAGCAAAAUCAAAAAUCCCGUUAGGAUGUUGCAUGAAAUGGCUAAGAAGGUUGGGUGUGCAGAGUUGUGUGCAAUUUUGAGCAAUUACGAGAUGCAGAAGUUUGUUAUUAGGAAGAAGACGAAAAAGGAAGUUAAUUUGAAGCCUUUGCAGUUUGACAAAGUGGCUUUGAGCGAAUUCUGUGAUGUUACUAUCAAAUGUGCUGAUGGGAAAGAAGUUAAGGCACACAAAUGUAUUUUAGCCGCACAGAGUGAUUAUUUUAAUAAUUUGUUUUCUACAAGGUGGCACGGGACUGAAACUAGAACAAUAACACUGCCGUGUUCAAGAAGUAUUGUAGAAGCUCUACUAGAAUAUCUCUACACUGAUACCCUUUCCUACUUAAACAACAAAGAACAAGACCACCUAUUCAAACUAAUAAUAUUAGCCGAUCAAUUAUUCAUUACAAGACUGAAAGAACAGUGCGAAUAUCUUCUAUUUCACUGUUUAACGUUGAAAAACUGCGUGCAAUUCCUAACUUUCGCCAACUUAUAUAACGCCCAAAAAUUAAAGUAUUGCUGCUUGAAAUUCAUCGUUUCAAAUAUAGCCCCACUUCUUGAGGUACGCCUCUUUGAUGAUAUUGAUGAAGCUUUACUAAAAGAAUUAAGCGAUUUUUAUUUCGAAGACAAAGAAAAAAUUUGCUGCCGUGUCAUAACACCGUACUCCACUGCACCCCUAGAAGAAGAGAUUAUUUCUGUUAGCAGCACUUAUCCUGUGUCGCUUUUAGAAGAAGUGGAGAAAGUUGUACAAAAAAGUAGCCAGAAGAGGAGGUCCAGAAAUCACAAAACCAGUGUAGAUUCUAGUCAGAAAUCUUUCAAAGAAAACGUCUGUGAUGAGAAUAUUAUUCAGUUUCCUGAUUCGCCACCAGAUGUAAGUUGUAAUAUUGACCAAGUAGUGCCAAGUAGAUUGAGAGCGAUAAAACUAGCUGAGGAGAAGAUAGAGAGUGAAGAUUAUCAACCACAGUUUACCAAGUUGGUUUCAAAGAGUAGUGUGGAUGCUGAUAUUUUAGGGACAUCCUUUGAGGAAUUCCCUUUGCUAAAUAGUCCACCGACUUCUUAUCCCUUGAGAUCGCCUCACAAAUACGAAACCAAACACAGGAUGGUGAAGAUAUCUCAAAAACAGAGGAAGAGGUUGUCUUCGGAAAGUGCGACGGAAGUGCCAACACCAGAAAGUCCUAAAAAUCCUUGGAAGAUUGUCAGCGAAAUUGGCAGUCCUACAUCUCUGGAAACCAGUAUGAGUGAUAUUAUUUCUUCUGAGAAGAAACAGAAAGAGAAUCUAGUUAAGAUUAAAAGUAAAUUGUUAAUUUAUACGCAGAUUGAAGACAAAGCUAUUGAAGAUCUCUGUAAAUUUUACAACGCGGAAAAUGUGGAUGAUGAGUUCAUCACUGUGGAACGCGUUAAUAUGGGUGCUGUGGCUGCGCCUGUGUGGGUUCCAGGUGUUAAAAAGCUGGAAUCACAAUAAUUUUAAUCGCAUUUUCGAGAAAUACAUUUAUUUUGUUGAUUUUAUUUUGAUUAAAAAAGUUUUUAUCUAUUUUAA